GAGGACUCCCCUGUUCUCCUUAAAGUUGGCUCCUUCCCCAGCAGCCGCCUUGGAUCCCUCGGUUUACUGCGAGACUCCGGUCUACAACCCGGAUCUCUGCCCAAACAUGAUCGCCGCCCAGGCCAAGCUGGUCUACCACCUCAACAAGUACUACAACGAGAAGUGCCAAGCCAGGAAGGCGGCCAUCGCCAAGACCAUCCGGGAGGUGUGCAAGGUGGUGUCCGACGUGCUGAAAGAGGUGGAGGUGCAGGAGCCCCGCUUCAUCAGCUCCCUCAAUGAGAUGGACAACCGCUACGAGGGCCUGGAGGUCAUCUCCCCCACCGAGUUCGAGGUGGUCCUCUACCUCAACCAGAUGGGGGUCUUCAACUUCGUGGACGACGGCUCCCUACCCGGCUGUGCGGUGCUGAAGCUGAGCGAUGGUCGGAAGAGGAGCAUGUCUCUCUGGGUGGAGUUCAUCACCGCUUCGGGCUACCUGUCAGCCAGGAAGAUCCGCUCCAGGUUCCAGACCCUGGUGGCCCAGGCGGUUGAUAAAUGCAGCUACAGGGACGUGGUGAAGAUGGUGGCGGACACCAGCGAGGUGAAGCUGAGGAUCAGGGACAGAUAUGUGGUGCAGAUCACCCCGGCCUUCAAAUGCACUGGCAUCUGGCCCCGCAGCGCUGCCCACUGGCCCUUACCCCACAUCCCCUGGCCGGGCCCCAACCGGGUAGCCGAGGUCAAGGCGGAGGGCUUCAACCUGCUCUCUAAGGAGUGCCAUACCCUGGCCGGCAAGCAGAGCUCUGCGGAGAGCGACGCCUGGGUGCUGCAGUUCGCCGAAGCCGAGAACAGACUGCAGCUGGGCGGCUGUAGGAAGAAAUGCCUGUCCUUGCUGAAAACCCUCCGGGACCGGCACCUGGAACUGCCCGGCCAGCCCCUCAAUAACUACAAUAUGAAGACUCUGGUCUCCUACGAGUGCGAGAAGCACCCCCGGGAGUCGGACUGGGACGAGUCGUGCCUAGGGGACCGGCUCAAUGGCAUCCUGCUGCAGCUCAUCUCCUGCCUCCAGUGCCGGAGGUGCCCGCACUAUUUCCUGCCCACCCUGGACCUCUUCCAGGGCAAACCCCACUCCGCCCUGGAGAACGCCGCCAAGCAGACCUGGAGGUUGGCCCGAGAGAUCCUCACCAACCCCAAGAGCCUGGAGAAGCUCUAA